GGUUGUUAAUGUUUGCUUGGUGUGGUAUUGUGUAUGAUCUUACUGGAAGCCGUGUGUAUUCACAAGGGUAUUUGUGGUAAAUGUGGUCAACGACAAGUCCAGACCGUAGGCGUUUAUGAUGAUUCACAUGCGUCAUGUGACGUCAGAGGCGUUUGGCCAGGCAGCUAGCGUUGGGUGACAGAACCUAGUUUCUUGUUCCCCUUUUGUUUUGGGAGAACUGUGAUGGAGCCUUCAAAGGGGGAGUGUGGAGUUGCCACUCAGGUGAUUAUUUAGAUACAUCCUGAGGCAGAGGGUAUCAGCGAAACACCUCUCACAACAGAAACACUACCAGACUGCUUCUUCAGGGAGGCACAGGGACCAGCCAGAUAAUACAAGGUCUGGGAGAGAGGGAAUGCUGAAGAGAGAGACAUAGAGCGAGGCAGACAGACAGAACUAGUGGAGGACAGACAAAAGAGGCAGGUCACUGAAGACAGAAGGAAAAACACUAAGGUUGAUUUGGGACCUAGCGUGCCAGAAGAGAAUGUGAGGGGCUUGUUUAUGACAUAUCUUGUGUUGAAGAGAGCGUGUGUGAGAAACACUGCAUGUGUUAGAGAGAGUGAGUGUGUGAGUGUGUGUGUGUGUGAGUGAGUGUGUGUGUGUGUGUGUAAGAGAGUUCAAGGAUGACCAGGAGGUCAGUUAAUGGUGAGGGGACUGGGGUGAACAACACCCCCCAAAAUGGGGGACACCCAGGGGAUACCCCUGUCCCAAAAGAGGACCCUGACUCCCCGCACGGAAAGGUAGAGCUUAAGAAGAAGGUGACCCUGCUUCGGGGAAUCUCCAUCAUCAUAGGGACCAUCAUCGGCGCGGGAAUCUUCAUCUCUCCCAAGGGAAUCUUGAAGAACUCUGGGAGUGUUGGAAUUUCUCUGGUGGUGUGGAUCGCCUGUGGAGUACUGUCUCUGUUUGGGGCCCUGUCCUAUGCAGAGCUGGGAACCAGCAUCAAGAAAUCUGGAGGACAUUACACCUAUAUUCUGGAGGCCUUUGGACCACAGAUGGCCUUCAUACGUCUCUGGGCUGACAUCAUUGCCAUCAGACCUGCAGGGUUGGCAGUGAUAUCCCUGGCCUUCGGACAAUAUAUCCUGGAGCCCAUAUUCAUGCCGUGUGGAGUGCCAGAGAUUGCUAUCAAACUGGCCACCUCUAUAGGAAUAACGUCAGUGAUGUAUCUCAACAGUAUGAGUACGAGCUGGACAAACAGAAUUCAGAUCCUCCUCACCUUCUGCAAGCUGCUGGCUGUCGCCACCAUCAUCGUACCUGGCCUCUAUAUGCUCUUCAAAGGGGAGACUAGGAACUUUGAGAAUGCUUUUGACGUCAGUAAUAUCAAGCUCACAGGUCUUCCUCUGGCCUUCUACUCUGGGAUGUACGCCUAUUCUGGGUGGUUUUACCUUAACUUUGUGACUGAGGAAGUGGAGAAUCCAGAAAAGACUGUGCCAUUGGCCAUCUGUAUCUCCAUGGCGAUAGUCACUUCCUGCUACGUGCUGACCAAUGUGGCAUACUAUACUGUAAUGUCAGCAGAGGAGCUGUUGGCCUCGCAAUCCGUCGCCGUGACAUUUGCAGAGAAGACGAUGGGGAACUUUUCGGUGGCAGUGCCGGUAUUUGUAGCCUUGUCGUGCUUCGGUACGAUGAACGGCUGCUUGUUCGCUUUCUCAAGAAUGUUUUAUGUGGCGUCACGAGAAGGCCAUCUCCCUGAGGUUCUGUCCAUGAUCCACGUCCGCAGACACACACCUUUGGCAGCCGUCAUCAUUCUGUACCCCAUGACGGUGUUCCAGCUGUUUGUGGGAGAUAUCUACAGCCUGUUGAACUUCAUGAGCUUCCUCCGCUGGCUCUUCAUUGGCGUGGCUGUGCUGGGCCUCAUCUACAUGAGAUACACGCGCCCUGACAUGCCACGUCCUUUCAAGGUUCCUCUUUUCAUUCCAGCCAUUUUCUCCCUCACCUGUUUCUUCAUGGUGUUCCUCUCUCUCUACUCCGACCCCGUCAACACAGGGAUAGGAUUCGCCAUCUCACUAACAGGAAUCCCAGCCUACUAUAUCUUCAUUGUGUUUGACCGCAGACCCAAGUGGCUACAGAAGAGUUUAGAUUCCUUUAACAGAUCUGUCCAGAUCAUCCUGGAGGUGAUCCCAGCAGAACACUGACACCAGACCAGAUCCCCACACCAGAUCCGUAUUUAUGAUCAUCCACACCACAGGAGAACAGGAUCGGGUGUAUGAGUGGAAUGGUAUUAAAUACAUUAAACAGAUGGUUUCCAGGUGUUUGAAGCCAUUCCAUUUGCUCUGUUCAGGCCAUAUUAUUUUGAGCUGUCCUCUCCUCAGCAGCCUCAUGUGCUCCACACCCAAGGACAUCACACCGAUGGCCUCUUCUAUUGUAUCAUUUCACAUUAUACAUUAUUAUGAGUCUCCCAUCCUGCUGACCUUAUCUAGGCAGGCUUCAUUUCACAUUACCAAUUCAAACCGCCUGAAUACUCUCUCUUCUCUCCUCACCCAAGUAUUUGAAAUGGAGUGGCCAGGCAGGCAGGGAGGUGAGGCUGUGUGCUUUGUGUGUGUCCCUGUGUGGGAUUUGUAGGUAAUCCAUCUCUGUAACCACUACCCUACGGCUCCAGUUUGUAGUGGGAGCCCAGCCUCUUAGAAAUGCAACAGCUUUUACUGUUGAUAAUAUUCCAGGGAAUCCUUGUAAGCUUGGAGUAUAACUAUCUUUGGCUACAAUCACAGUUAUAUUUGUGUCAUUGUUACAGCUAGCAUUAGCCAUAAUUACAGCUAGUGUUAGCUACAUUCAGACCUAGCUUCAGUCAUUGUUACACCUAGCAUUAGCCACAAUCACAGCUAGCAUUAAGUCAAAGUCCUCACUAGCAUUAGCCACUGCUAGCAUUAGCAUUACACUGGAUACUCAGUUUUCACCAGAUCAUUCAGGAUGUACACAGUAUGUACCGUAGCCUACCCAUUGUUAUUUCUAUAUUUUAGGAAAUAAAGACAGAUCCGUGAGUGUUAAUUGAUGUAUGUUCUAUAGUCUGAGUAAGAAAAGUAAACAUUCAAAUAUGUAAACAUCAUUAGAGCAGUAAAGUGUGAUUCAUACUCAAUCUACAGAUGCCUGUGAAACAUGAUGUCCUUACACAAAUGACAACUAACACAAAUGGGAUACACUUUUAUACUUAACCUUUUUUUGAAAACACGUAUGUUUAGAAAUGAUGUCCUGCAUAACCUGAGAAAAACUCAUCUGAUUUCAUGGAAAAUAAAAACAGAUUUUUUUUCAA